UGCGUGCGCACCUUUGUCUGGUGCUUCUUUUCAGUUACGUGACAAUGUCUAACCUGGCCAAAGCCGCAAAUAAACUGAAAUCGGUAGAUUAUGAAGUUUUUGGCCGUGUGCAGGGUGUAUGCUUCAGAAUGUAUACUGAAGAUGAAGCAAGAAAAUUAGGGGUCGUUGGAUGGGUUAAAAAUACAAGACAAGGGACGGUAGCUGGUCAAGUGCAGGGACCCGAGGAUAAAGUGAAUUCCAUGAAAUCAUGGCUGAGUAAAGUGGGCAGUCCCAGUUCACGGAUCGAUCGAGUAAACUUUACUGAUGAAAAGGAGAUAACAAAACUUCAAUAUAAUGGAUUCAGCACUAGAUACUAACAAUAUUACUAAUAUUUGCAUGCAUGAUAAAUAUUAAUAAAACACUAUAGAAAUAGCAUGCUUUUACAUUCACAUAUAAUAAUCGGAAAUGCCUGCAGUUUUCUAGACUGAAUCCUUAUCUGGACGCCGCUGCUUGCAUCCAUCUGAAGAAGUCACACCUUUUUAGGACCACAGAGGUCAAAUAAUAAAACAAUAUCAUCAAAUAAACUUGGAGUGAUGCUGAUUUAUGCAACUGACAGUUUUAGUUAUUAGUUUUGUUUUUAGUUGGUUUU